UUGCCUCGCAGUAUCGUCAGAGGAGCACACGGCAUUCCUGAAAAGAGAAGUUGUGGCGCGCGGUUGGCAGCACGGUUUCCCUGACGUUUUAUUCUUAACUUGAGACAUGAAAGAUAAGCUCUGUCCCUGGCAUGGUGAAGUUGUGGUUGCAGGAACAGAGUUGGGAAUCCAGACUCCAUAGUGGAUCCUUCAUAAAUCUCUAAGCAAACUCUUAGUGUUUCGGCAUCUUCUAGCUUGGGACCCGUAAAGGUCAUUUUAUGUGACGUGAAUUUUGAAUUGAUCUCAAAUUGGUGCCAAGUCCACCUUCAAGCAGCGGAUGAACAUUCUUCCUGAAUUUCUUCACACAAGGAAUUAGGGUUUGAGGUUUAGGGUAUGGGGGAAUUUUUGUGAGUUGGGUUUGUUUGCGAGGUUUUAAAGGUUUUAGAGGAUUUUGCAGAGGUUUAGCUGGUUAUGGCCGACCUUGCAAUCCCUGCCGUCGUGCAGCGGAACGUUUCGCAGCUUGAAAUUGCUGUAUCGGACCUGCAGAGGCAUAUCCGCCUGCUCACUUCUCCGGAAUCGCGAGAAUCUAUUCAGUUACUCUCUCCCGCUGACCGCGCCUCUUACUUCUUGGCCAUCGCCAAAGCGGCCAACGCACUCUUUUGCUUGCAUCUGAGAACUACCGGCCAGGAUCCAGAGAAGCACGGCGUCAAAUCUGAAUUGGAAAGAGUUAGCGUCUAUAAUGACAAAGUUGCUGCUGCUAUAGACAGAAGUAUGGCUCCAUCUAGACCCACAUCUGCCAUUAAUGUUCCAGCGGCAAAUAGAUUCAUCGAACAUGCAAUUCCAGAUUUGACUGAAGAGCAAAAGCAGAAAGUUCGCGAAAUUAGCAGAGGGGGUAAAAGGAGUAUGACAUGGGUUAGAAAUCCCAAUGAAGACUCACAAACCAAGAAAAAGCUAUCGGUUUCGGAAGCAGCAGCUGCGUUUCUUGCAGAGGCUACCAAGGAUCUGGUCCCUACAGCACCUCGUCAGAACCCUUUACCUGACAUUUAGUAUUGCUGUCUUCUAGGAGUCCAAUAUGCAAGUUGUGGGCUGUAUUAGGGCGACACUCUGCUUUUUUGUUUUUUUUCUUUUAUAUUUUAAGCAGAACUGGUAAUCAAAUUGGUUACACUACUCGUACCAAAGUAAGAAGGACUUAUCGUUCCAGUGUCCACCUUACUUUGAUCUUCUGUUGUGUUGUGCCUCCAAGGCAAGUCUUUGGUGGGACCAAUUUUUCAAAUAUAAUUUCGUGUAGUUUCAAAGUGCUGAUGAAUGUAGACAUGAGCCCUUGUAUGCUCAUAUAGCUACCAACGAGGAUAUUGAAUACAGGAUUGUUGAGCUGUUUGGAGGAUGCCA